AUGCCUCCUUCAGUCACCAUCAUCAGCCACACGACCGCUUCUGUCCCUAGGCCCCAUAUCCUCUAUUCCAUUCAAGUCAACAUCGAUGGCAAACGUAGAGUUGUAGAUAAGCGUUACUCAGAGUUCGUACAGCUCCAUGAUUCGCUUCACGACCCGUUCACACUCCCACCCAAACGUUUCCUCGUCACUACGUUCAUCCCAUCAGCGUGGGUGGACGACGCCCUCGUUGCGGAACGCAAGACGGGAUUAGCGAGCUGGCUUCGCGACCUAUUGUCCUCCGAUGACUUCAAAGACAAUUCUGCCCUUCUCGCAUUCCUCACGCCUGAUGCGUCGGCCACUCCUAGACAUUUUAGCUUGGAGGACGUCCUUCCCUCAACGCUCUCUCGCAAAGCGGGAAUCAAGUUUACACCCGAAGACGAAGUUGACACUAUGGCGACUCCCAUAGCUGCUGCAUAUUACCCAGAUUGGUCUGCAGGCAGUAACCCACCCGAGAAGAUCGAUUUCUCGAAGUUUGACAUCCUCUUCUUCGCAUUUGCCAUGCCGAACUCUUCAUCUACCUUGACCUGGGACUCAGGCGCUCAAGAUAUUCUCCGCAGAUUAGUUACAAGUGCACGAAACAGCGGAAAGGGAACGAAGAUUGUGCUUUCUGUUGGUGGUUGGGGUGGUAGCACAUGGUUCUCUCAAGCCAUGAGCAGCUCGGCGAACCGCACCACGUUCAAGAACUCGCUUACAAGCGCGGUUAAUUCAUUUGGUCUUGAUGGCGUUGACAUCGACUGGGAAUACCCGAAUUCGACCGGCGCGGGCAACCCACAUUCCAGCGCUGAUGCAGCAAAUCUCCUUAGUUUCUUCCAGACAUUAAGAGGUGCCCUUGGCGCCUCGAAGAUUCUUUCGGCAGCGGUACCACACCUUCCCUGGCUCGGUGCAAACGGGCAGCCGUUAACGAACGUUUCGUCGUACGCGGCGCAGCUGACCUACGUGAACAUCAUGAAUUAUGAUGUCUGGGGUGCAUCAUCCAACCCAGGCCCCAACGCUCCUCUGGGUAACCUGUGCGGCACAUCUAGCCAGCCUCAGGCAAGUGCCCAAGCCGCGCUAGCCCAAUGGAAGAAUGCGGGGUUCCCUGCGAACAAACUACUCCUUGGGCUUCCCCUCUACGGAUACGUGUCACAAAGCACACGAACGGGACUGUCAGGUAGCUUGAUGCCAUCGGAAGAUAUGCUUCUCCUUCAAGAAGCGAAUAGUCCCGCAGACGCAUCGAAGCGAGAGUUCUUGAACGGUGCACAUGCACGACCCAAGGAGCAGAAGGUUUCGGUCGAGGCUAGCGGUGACUUGAAUGGUUGGUUUGGCCAACAAAUUCCAUUCAACUCUUUGGUGGCCUCUGGUGCACUUGUGAAGAAGUCGGACGGUACUUACGGACAAGGGGCUGGUUAUACCAUGGCCUGGGAUGAUUGCAGCGACACUCCGUUCUUGUACAACGUCUCCCGCCGUACCGUCGUUACGUAUGAUGAUACGUGGAGUUUGGGAGAUAAGGCUCUCUUUGCGAAGCAGAACGGAAUGGCAGGCUGUUUCACGUGGUCUCUAGAUCAGGACGAUGGCGUAACCUUGCAGAAUGUCAUUCGCAAGAACCUUGGAAAGUGA